ACUGUAGUUUAAAUAAGCAAUAAGCAACUUUUGGUUUUGAAAAAUUGUAUUUGUGAAAAUGGCGCGCUGGGGCAGUACUAUUUUUGACAACAGCUUAUCGGAUAUGCGAUCAUCCUACCAAGCCUCAUUCGACAACAAAAGAGCGUUCGGACACUCGGAUCUGAAUGAUAUCACAGCCUACGCCAAGGCUCAAACGGGAUCCCACAGAGCUAGUCGAUUCACAAGCAACCUCACUUCUUACGACAACAAUCGGCUCAACUUCAUAACUGGGGGCUAUAAAUACCAACCGGCUGCCGGAAUUCUGCCAACAGUGACCAGAGAACACAAAGGACGCAAUUUCAUCCAAGAAAACUUCAGAGACGCCACCAGGCUCAGAAAAACGGACCCAGUUUCGAUAAAUUUAGACGAGCCACUAAUGCCAGGAAAAGGAUUGGAAGGAUUCAUAAACGUCUACAAAAGUACCAGGGCUAAUCCCCAGACAAGUCAAAGAUCAAACCCGAUUACACACAGAAGCGAAAACGAGCAACAUGUUAGCAGCGAUAGAAAUCGAAGACAGAAUAACAUAACAGGCAGCGAAACUCAAAACCAGAAUCAGUUCACGCCAUUCAGGUCACGUGCGCCGAGGGUGGAGUCGCCUUACAGUCACGUGACAAGUAGAAGGACCCGAGGGGAAAACAAUUUUGGGGAUGUAGUUCCAGAGACGAACAACUUCAUGGCCCCUGGUGGACUAAAUCUGGACAUACAUGGACAUACAUCAUCCAGAGGGGAAAAGGCAUUGAAUGAUUCGCCUACUGUGAUGGGUAGCCAGAGAUCUCCCAGACGGAGACUGACACAGAGACAUACUGUGGCAAUGGUCGAUAGAGAUGGAAAUAUGGUGCGAUGGGUGGAAAACGACCCAGCUAUUCGAUAUGAAUCAGUGGCUGAUCUUUUUGACGAAAAACUGAAGAAAAAGGAUGAAGAUGAUUACAAUUUGAGUUAUGGAAACAAAUUCGACGAAGAGACCGAGAAACAGAUUUCGGGUACCUUCGGAGCCGCAGGGGGUCCGCUGCCAUCACGUUCUGACAUGCAACUCCUCGAGAGUUCUCGGAGACCCAAAUUAGAGCUGCAGGGUAGAAAAGUACAGAGCACUGAUUUGGCGGAAAGAGACGAACGUCCGAAACUGUACAGAAACAUAACCAGCUGGAGGGGCGAUAAUCAGUGGGGAGAAAGCACUUAUAACUCUACGUUCAGUCAAAUGACUCAAAAUGAUAUGAACGAGUUAGAACGUUUAAUGGCACUGCCGUUGAAAGAUGUCGCGCCAAAGUCGGGUCUCAAGAACAUAGUGGAAGUCUCAACGAACACAGGACGCAAGCAUCCCGCUCUGUUGUUUAUGACUUAGAUAGAAAUCAGGGUUUACUUUGGAUAAAUAUAUUAUUUUUGGCACUAUUUCAAGGUUAAAUUGUGUUUUAUAGACCAGCCGAAAUUUCUAAGCAUUUUCUUAUUCUAAAAUAAUAGUCAGUUAUCGUUAGUUGAUAAAAUAUUGCAAAAAGGGGCUUCAUUGAAACUUCGGAGUGAAUAUUCGCAUAGCCAUCUCGGCAUCAAAAAUUUACAGAUGCUUAUUGGCUGUAGUUGCAAAAAAUACAAAUUAACGUUUCAAAAAUGAA